UUUCUCGUUUCUAUUAAUUAUGUUUUGUAACUAAAAAGCUAGUAAUGAUUACAAAACCUUUAUUCUGUUUAAAAUUGUGUCGUUUUCUGAAAGUCAGGGUUUUCAGUAGUAAUACUAUUCCGGAACGGCGAAGACUUCGUUCGAAAGUAGAUAUGGAGUUGAAAUGCAGAGAUAACCCUGUCGUGGUGAAGUUGGAUACGCCUGAAUUUCAUAAUAUUUUCACGCAGGAGGUUAUAGAUUUGAAGAAAUUAUUUGAUAAAUAUCAGUAUGAAAUAAGGAUUGCUGGUGGCGCAGUCAGAGAUCUGCUAAUGGGUUUGCAACCCAAAGAUCUUGAUUUUGCUACACCAGCGACACCCCAGCAAAUGAAAGACAUGUUCACAGCUGAAAACAUAAGGAUGAUAAACAUCAGUGGCGAAAAGCAUGGCACCAUCACUCCAAGAAUCAAUGACAAAGAGAACUUUGAAGUAACCACACUAAGAGUAGAUCUUGUGACUGAUGGGCGACAUGCAGAGGUUGAGUUUACAACAGAUUGGAAGCUUGAUGCAAAUAGGAGAGAUUUGACAAUCAAUUCCAUGUUCUUGGGUUUCGAAGGCAAUGUAUAUGAUUACUUUUAUGGGUAUGAUGAUUUGAAGCAGAGAAGAGUAGCUUUUGUGGGAAAUGCUGAUGUUAGGAUAAAGGAAGAUUAUCUCAGAAUCAUGAGGUACUUCCGCUUCUAUGGCAGAAUAGCUGAAAGGCCAGACAAUCAUGACAGAGAAACUCUUGAAGUUAUCAGAAACAAUGCAGAGGGAUUGCAAAAUAUAUCAGGAGAAAGAAUCUGGAUGGAGCUAAAGAAGAUCCUGCAGGGCUCAUUUUCAGGAGCUCUUUUAAAGACAAUAUUGGAUGUAGGAUUAGGAAAACAUAUUGGAUUGCCCAUUGAUCCUAACAUUGAGGAGCUAGACAGAUUACUGAUAAGAGGGAGGCACCUGGGCCUGCAUCCAAUGAGUUACCUAGCAGCAUUGCUGCGGGAUAUGGAUGAAGUUACAGUUUUACAGAGAAGGCUCAAGUUCUCGGGAUAUGACAGAGAGAUGUUGUAUUAUAUUGUAGAGCACAGAGAGAAUAAAGAGGGUACCAGGCCUUUAUUGCCAUAUGAAAAAUUAGUUCUAAACACAAAAAUAAAACAAAAAGAUGCUGUGGAUUAUGUUCGUGAAGUACUGAAAUACAGAGGUGACGAAAAACUACUAGAAGAGUUUAACAGAUGGGAGAUACCUCGAUUCCCAAUGAGCGGCAAAAUCCUCAAAGAUAAUGGUGUACCACCAGGAAAGAUGUAUGGUGCAAUAAUCUCCAAACUCAAAGAUGUGUGGAUAGAUAACAACUACAUGCAAACAGCAGAUGACUUGGCAAAACUUAUACCUGUUAUUAUAGAAAAAAUUGACAAGAGAAAAUAAAAUUUUCAUAGCAAGCA